AUGGGUGCGAGCUUUGACGAGUUGGACAGCAGCGACGAGGCUUCGAGCCCUCGUUCGUGCGGCGAACAGAGGCGACUCGCGGCCCUGGCUCCCCUCCGCUCCCUCGGCCUCAAGCCAACUGGCAACCAAAUCCACACUAUCUCCACCUCCAUCAACGCCAACGGCAAUGGAGCCAUAGAGUUUCAUGAAUUGGUGGAGCUUAUGUUGUCCGACAUUAGCAUAGAAGUCAUCCCCAACCACGAACACCUAAUGAAGGUGUUCAAGGCCUUCGACCGCGACGGCAACAGAUUCAUCUCCGCGGUGGAGCCUGAGACAGCGAGCUUCGAGGAUGACAAUAUCGAGCGAGCUUCGACGACGGCAAAGGCUUCGACUGCGAGUGGCGUAGGACGAGGCUUCAACGACGGCAGUGGCUUGGACGUCGAGCAGCGUGGGAGGGGGCUUUAA